AUGGCAAGUAAAUUUCCUGUUUGCGGUAUCUGCGAUUCCAAAAAUAUUUCUGUACCAUCUACUACAUGGUGUACUGAUUGUAAAGAAGGGCUCUGUGGAGAAUGUAAGGUUAAUCAUUUACUAAACAAAGCAUCGAGAAGUCAUGGCAUUUUACAUAAAUUACCUGUAAGUGUCCUUCAAAUUGAAGAAUCCUGCAAAUUACAUGGUGAAUAUAAUCAAGCCUACUGUCACGAACACGAAUGUUCUUGUUGUAUAAAAUGUAUCUUAGAGGAACAUAAAAACUGCAAAAAUGUCACAAAUAUACACGAUAAUAAUGAGCUUUCAAAUGUAAAUAUCUCUCACCAAAUUGACGAUUUUGUGGACAUUGUAAAGCAAAAUAUAAUUAAUACGGAGGAAAUCGAUGUACAGACCAGACAUGUUUAUACGGCCUUAAUUCAACAGGAGAAAAAAGAGGCAAAUUAUGAUGAACUCGGUACAAUUGUUGCACAGACAAGCUCAGACUGUAUGUCUUUAAUGAAAGAGAAGAUUCAAGUUGCUCAAUCCUCGACACUUGGUAAAAACGAUGAACAGAUUACACAAGCGUAUACGUCUUUAAUACCACGGGAGAAUAAAGAGGCUCAGUACUCGAAACUUGGUGGUAACGAUGAGCAGAUUACACAAGCUUAUACGUCUUUAAUACCACGGGAGAAUAAAGAGGCUCAGUACUCGAAACUUGGUGGUAACGAUGAACAGAUUACACAAGCUUAUACGUCUUUAAUACCACGGGAGAAUAAAGAGGCUCAGUACUCGAAACUUGGUGGUAACGAUGAGCAGAUUACACAAGCUUAUACGUCUUUAAUACCACGGGAAAAUAAAGAGGCUCAGUACUCGACACUUGGUAAAAACGAUAAACAGAUUACACAAGCUUAUACGUCUUUAAUACCACGGGAGAAUAAAGAGGCUCAGUACUCGAAACUUGGUGGAAACGAUGAGCAGAUUACACAAGCUUAUACAUCUUUAAUACCACGGGAGAAUAAAGAGGCUCAGUACUCGAAACUUGGUGGUAACGAUGAGCAGAUUACACAAGCUUAUACGUCUUUAAUACCACAGGAGAAUAAAGAGGCUCAGUACUCGAAACUUGGUGGAAACGAUGAGCAGAUUACACUAGUUUAUACGUCUUUAAUACCACAGGAGAAUAAUGUAGAAGCAUAUACAGAACUUAGUGAAAGUGUUGAAAAGACCAGUCCGGUUGUUUUAUCUUCAAUGGGACAGAAUCAUAAAGUAGAAGCAACUACGGAACUUGGUGAAAUUGGUGAACUGAACAGUGCAGUUUAUACGUCAUCAAUGGAACAGGAGAAUAGAGAUGAAACUUAUACGGAACUUUGUGAACUUGUUGAACUAAACAGUCCAGACUAUACAUCAUCAAUGAAACAGGAGAAUAGAGAAGAAACAUAUACGGAGCUUGGUGAAAUUGGUGAACUGACCAGCCCUGUUUAUAUGUCAUCAAUGGAACUUGAGAAUAUAGAUGAAACUUAUACGGAACUUGGUGAAAUUGUUGAACAGACUGAUCCAGGUCUUUGUUUCAUUGUCAUGGCUAAACCAGGGAAGGCUGCGUGGAAAUUUGGAUUAACUAGUGAUUACCGACUGUAUGUUAAACCUGAAGGCUUCACAUUAGAAGACAUAAAGAAAAAGACAUUAAAAUGUCAUUGGCCAUAUGAUAUCGUGCAACAAUAUGGAAAGUCAAAAGAAGGGCGAGAAUUUGUAGUCACUGUUGGUAGAAGACAUAUUCUAGGUCCGGGUAAUGUCACAUUUCUAUGUGAUUCAAGAGAUAAUUUAGAAAGACUUUUUCGUUUAGUACCCAUCUUUAUAAAACGUAUACAGUCAGCAGGCAAACCUUGAUACUAGAGGAUUUUGACUUUAAAGUAUUAAAUAAGUAUUAAUACAAACUAAAACCAAUAAAGACAUUAUAUAAGUUUAGAAGAAGACACGACAAUCUGUUUUAUUAUAAAGCCAAAACACAAUGACUUUGAUGCCGAUAAAGCUGAUACCAUAAGUGUUGUUAUAUAACUAAAUACCGAGUAACCAUAUACUUCACAAACAUUUGAAGAAGAUAAUUCUUAGAUUACACGAUAUUCAAAAACUUGCGACUGCCACAAUAAUUUUGAUACAAGUUAACGUUGUUUAAGGAAAAUAUUACUUGUUAAUGUACUUGGUCAAUGAACUUCUCAUCCUUUCCUCAAAACGUUAAUCAGAGGGUACCAAAAACGUUUGAAUGAAUAUUCAAUGUCAGAAAUAAUGCUGUAUGUUCUUGGGUUAAAUAUUCUAUAUUCGGUAUUUAUAUAUUCUUUUAUCUACUUUUGCAAUUUCCCCUUCAUUUGUCUUUGUACCUUCAUGUCGAUUUUGGUCGUAGAAAUGUUUUUAUGACUCGGUAUUUACAGAUCCAGCUUUCAAAUAUUGAACUUGUUCAUGGUGUAGGUAUAUUUAAAGGGAUAAUAGGACGCAUGCUUUUUGCUUAAAUGUUAUUUCCAGUAUUUUGUACUCUUAUAUAUCUUGUUUGAUUCAGUUUGCUUCAUCCGAAAAUUGUAUAAUAUGUUUUUAUACCUUAUACUUUA